ACCCGGGAGAGGAGGGGGGAAAUAACUCUGCUGGGAAGUUGAAACCGGCUCAGGAGGAGGUGUGAUUCUCUUACUUGGCCAUCGACAGUUACACUCAGCUCUGCCAUAUAGGGAUGAGCUGAGAUGUUAUGAAUGCAGCUGGAUUGUAUUGGAAAAAGAACAGCAAGCUUCUUGGUAUUCCUGGCAUUUUGGAAACCUUUUGAUGAUCUCUUCUGACACUGGACUGCACUGAAGCCCUGAUGGAGGAAACUAAUCACAGUUCUUUGAAUUAAGCUUGCAAUUAUAAAUAAUUGACACUUUUAGCCAAGAAUCUGGCUACCAGGAAUCUUAAUUAAAAGCCCUUGAUUGCUUUGAAACCUGACUUGGUGUGUGGAGAGCCAGCUAAUUGAUUAAUUGAUCAGGAAAACAUCAGGAUGAGUGGAGAGGGGGACGUGGUGUGUGAUGGUUGGCUACGAAAAUCACCUCCAGAGAAGAAGCUGCGACGAUAUGCAUGGAAAAGACGUUGGUUUGUCCUGCGAAGUGGUCGACUAAGUGGAGAACCAGAUGUCCUUCAGUACUACAAGAACCAGCAUUCCAGACGGCCGAUUGGCACCAUCAAUUUGAAUCUCUGUGAGCAGGUAGAUGCUGGCCUCUCCUUCACAAAAAAAGAGCUGGAGAGCAGCUUUGUUUUUGACCUGCGAACCGCAGAGAGAACCUGGUACCUGGUGGCCGAGUCUGAGGAGGACAUGAACCGCUGGGUGACGUCCAUUUGUCUCCUUUGUGGCUUCAAUCCCACCGAUGAUGUUUCAGAAAGGACACCAAACUCCACCUCUGCCUCUGUGACCACAUCCAGGGGCACACCCGCUAUCUCCAUGGUAACAGUGUCCCUCCCAACCCCAUAUGACCCAGUCAGUGUGCGUCAUCUGGAGCAUGUUAGCGGUGCUGAGGAAGACUAUCUGUGGCUAUCAAACUGCCAGACUCACACCAGACCUCCUUUGGGUUCAUCCACCUCUCUUGAAACAGACAACAAUGAUACCCUCUACCCUCCUCCAUUGGCCACCUCUUCCUCCUCUUCCUGCUCUUCCUCUCCUUCCCUUCCACCUAACAGCCUUCCAUCCUCAACGGGCUUCCGGAUGGCUCCUUGGACAGUAGCUGCCAUGACGAGCCCACUGAGUCAGUCCUUGGAUGCCAGCAUGACUUCUGACUUCCAGAAAAGAGCUGCCAGACCUCAUUGCCACCCCUCCCCUCAUCCUAGAAAGCACUCCUUAGAUUUCCACCUGCGCCCUGCAGCUUUGCCACUGAGCGAUGACAAUCACUCCAGCAUCAACUCGCAACCUUCAAGUACAAGUGGCUACCAGAUCCCACGACCAGCAGCCACUCCACAACCACCUCCUCCUCGGCGUCCCUCUUCAACACCUAGUGUGGAUUCGUUAACUCAGGCCGAGCUCAACACUGCCAUUCCAACUCCUCCUCCUCGACCACCCAAGCCCCAAGCCGUGACACCACAUGGAGACAGCUCCACUGCUGGCACAGGGCCUGCUACACUACCAAGAGCAAACUCGGUGCCAGAGAAGAGAGAUGAAAGCUUUAACCAAGGUAAACUAAUGAAAGGUAGCGAGUCUGUCUUCUUUCCUCGGUCUCAAUCUGAAAGAGCUACCAUGUUUGAGUUCAGUGAGAGCUUUAACACCUACUUUUUUAAUAAAGGCAUGGUGCCACUUGGUAGCGUUUGUUAUGAAGAUGAUGAUGUAAAUGAAAACUAUGUUCCUAUGAGUGCUGCCACCACUGAGCCACCAGUUACAGCAAGGCUCCAUCCAGGAGGCCCAACUGACUCUACUACUGAGCUCCGAGAUGGCAACUACGUCCCAAUGACCCCCCUGAUCUCUUCCCUUUCUGCUAAUCCCAUUCCUGCCACGUGUGACCUAGCAUUCCUGGGGAGGCAAGUGCCUCCACCUGCCCACAUGGGUUUUCGGAAUUCCACCAUGACUCCUGUCAUUCCCUCUACACCACCAACGCGAAGAAAUACAAUAACCAACAGUAAUGUGGGUGAAGCAGAAGUCGUGCCUCCCCCAAUCCAUCGUAAUCUGAAGCCACAAAGAAAAGGAGCUGGUGGCAGUCACACUGUGGAGAAACACAGCAACCAGAGCUCUGUAGAAAUGAAUCAUAAAACAAAAGUAAAACCAGCUCCCCUAGAGAUCAAACCAGUAUCUCAGGACUGGCAGGAAGUCCCACCUCCUGUUCGCUCACCUGUCACUCGAACCUUUACUCGAUGCCCAUCAACACGGGGCUCAUUUAUUCAGAGCUCUGUGCAAAGUUCAUCCCCCUCCUCGGAUUCUGAUGACCCAGAUGACAGCUAUGUUACCAUGGUGACCUCCAACCUCAGUCAUAGUGCUGGAGAGCAGUCUCUUAGGAUGAUUCUCCACCGAGCCUCUGAAGGUGGAGUCAGCAGCCCUUUACUACAACGAGCAAAAGCUGAAAAACAGGUGGAGUAUUUGGACCUGGAUCUCCAUACAGGACGAUCAACACCAACCAGACAGAAACGUUCCACUGCAGAGGGUGGAACCAACAGCAAUGAGCCAGUUGGAGCGGGUGACGAAAGAGCACGAGGUGAUCGCAGACGUGUAGACUAUGUGGUUGUGGAUCCGAAAAGGACCAAGGCCCUGAAAAACACUCGAGAGGCCUGGCAUGAUGGGAGAAUGUCCACAGAAAAGGAGAAAAGCUAAAAAAAAGGCCAAGAAGAACGCAUGCCGACAGGAUAAACAUCUUUGAUAUCAUAAGAAAAGAGACACAAUUCUUUGUUUGAAGCAAUAAAUCACUAAAUUUUAACUUCUUGUUUUCUUUUCGUUUGUUUUCUUUUGCUGAAAGGCUUAACUAAAAUAUAAAUGACUUAUAAAUAAUAUGAAUGGCACAAACAUUCACUUUUUGUGGCCACCUUGUGAUCAUUUAUUUUAUCUACAGAAAGUCCAAUGGCACUCAACAGCCACGUUAUUAGAUACACCUCACUAGUCCCCAUUUUACCAUCAGAAUUGCAUUAGUUCUUCUUGGCAUAGAUCAAAGAAGGAGUCAGAAACAUUUCUCAGAGAUUUGGUCUAUUCUAACAUGGUAGCAUCAUGCUUUUGCUCUUGUUUUCCCAAAAUUCAUAUGAUGAUUUGUCAAUCUUGGUCAUGUGACUAUGAACAUCAUGGAAACACAGACCUAUUAUCUUGCUAUUGCCUAUUACCUAUUAUCUAUCAAAGUUAUUUGUGCUUUUUGAUGUGGUGCAUCAUCCUGCAGGAUGUAGCCAUCAGAAGGCAUGAACAUGAUUAGCAGUAACAUUAAGGCAGGAAAAAGUGUUUGAAAAAUGCUCAGCUGGUAUUAAGAGAUCCAAAUUGUUGCAAGAAAAUGUUUCCUAUACCACUAACCACUACGUCUCUGAAUGGCUCAUAAAUGAGCCAUGCUUUUAUGCAAUCAAGGCCAAGUUCUGAACUCACCGUCCUUCUUUAAAACCCUACUUUUUUGUCACCAUUGGUAAUUUUUACUAUUUUUGUUUUCUUUCACACGGAUAUUUUCAUGCUAUCCUCCACACAGCUUUUGCUCACAGUCUAAUUUCAGUUUCUUAGACUGUUUCCUGUUACCCUUAGAGAUGGAUGUUAGUGAAAUACCAGCAGAUAACGGCAUCUAUACCAUUGAUAAGUUGAUUAUUCUUUGCAUGUUAACAAUAAGUUGAACAGGUUUACCUAACAAGGUGGCCAGCAAGUUAAAAUCUUUUUUAUUUACUAAAUUUAACACGUUUAUGGUAUGGUAUAUAUCAGGGGAAGACUUAAGGAAAUUGUUGAGGUUUUAGUGACUUACAUUUUUAAAAGUAGUUCAAAGGGUGUGUUUU